GCGAUCAGUCGAGCGCCGGGCGGAAAAGGGAAACGUAGCCGAGCGCCGAGGUGGCCCAUCGAGGGACUUCGGCCCGGAGACGGUGGGGCAGCGGCCGGGCGGAGAGGAGACCCGCCAUGUCGCUGCUCGGUCGCGGACUCCCCUGCCUUGCCCUCGCCCCGAGGAGGCUGGUGGCUGGUGGCAAACCGGUGUUUGGAAACUGUUGGCAUCACCAGCUGAGAAUGUCGAGUUCAAAUUCGUUGCUGGAAGCCCAGAUGGGACUUUUGUUUCAAGAGGGUCCUGAUUUGAAAGAUUUUACCUCUGGGGAACUUUCCGACAAAACCAAAUGGGCAGAAUACAAAGGCAAUUUAAAGCGCCAAAAAGGAGAAAGGUUACGCCUUCCUCCCUGGUUGAAAACGGAGAUCCCGAUUGGAAAAAAUUACAAUAAACUGAAGAACACAUUGCGCAGCUUAAACCUACAUACGGUGUGUGAGGAGGCCAGGUGUCCCAACAUUGGGGAAUGUUGGGGAGGAGGAGAAUAUGCAACUGCUACAGCCACCAUCAUGUUAAUGGGGGACACCUGUACGAGAGGCUGUCGCUUCUGCUCCGUAAAGACGUCGAGAAGUCCUCCUCCGUUGGACCCCGAGGAGCCGACUAACACCGCCGAAGCAAUUGCCGAAUGGGGACUUGAUUAUGUUGUGUUGACCUCCGUGGACCGGGAUGAUCUUCCUGAUGGAGGAGCCGAACACUUCGCAAAGACUGUCUCACACUUAAAAAAAAGGAAUCCCCAAAUUCUCGUGGAAUGCUUAACCCCUGACUUCCGAGGAGACCUCAAAGCGGUGGAGAAAGUGGUUUCAUCUGGAUUGGAUGUCUACGCCCACAACGUGGAGACCGUUCCCGAAUUGCAGAGACAAGUUCGGGAUCCCCGGGCCAAUUUUGAGCAAUCCCUUUGCGUUUUGAAGCACGCUAAGAAAGUUCAGCCUGAUGUGAUUUCCAAAACGUCAAUCAUGCUGGGCCUGGGGGAGACUGACGAACAGCUGCACGACACCCUGAAAAGAUUACGCGAAGCUGAUGUGGAUUGCUUGACCUUGGGACAGUAUAUGCAGCCAACAAAACGGCAUUUAAAGGUCGAAGAAUAUAUUACUCCGGAGAAAUUUAAAUACUGGGAGGACGUUGGAAACAAACUUGGAUUUCAUUACACGGCUAGUGGGCCUCUCGUGCGGUCUUCUUACAAAGCAGGUGAAUUUUUCUUGAAAAACCUAAUCCAUAAGAGGAAGAAGAAGGACAUCUGAUGCAUCCAAGGCCCACAAGAAGAAUUCCAUUCCUUUCCUUGUCUUCUAGAUGGCUACAGCACAGAUAAACCCAAUUAACCAACUUGGAAGGCUUUUGCUGCUUUGUAAAAAAAAAGAAUACAAAAUAUUUUAUUUGUUCCUGGACCCUGACAUGUUCCCAUAUUGUACACACACAAUAAAAUGUCACUCAUUAUCCAUUAUGCGGUAUUCAGACAUAUCAAGAAAAAGAAGUAGAGCGAGGCCUGUACAUUAAGGAAUCCAAAGAUUGAUAUAUGCAUUUUUUCCCUAGCACAUCGAUAAUCAUUGUUUGCUCCAUUAACCCCAUCCCGCUGUUAACCGUCUUUUCAAUCACAAUCCUAGUAUUGAGCAACUCAAGUCAUGAUCACCGUUGGUAUGUAACACAAUAAAUGUCUUUUCUCGCUGGACAUAAAUAGGAUUAAAAGCACCUGCGCUGCAAAUGAUAUUCUUGAUUAAACUGUUGGAUUGGA